AUGACGGAAGCGACAGUGUGUGUGCUCCCCAGGAGCUUGCAAGUCGUGCUUCCACCCUACGCAGACAGCGUGCAAGUGGAUGAAGUGACCAGCAAACGUCUCAGACAUACGAUAAACAAACGAGUCUUGAUUGCCAUGGUUGGGACUUAUUUACUUCAAUCACUUGAUAAAAAUGCCAUUAGCUAUGCAGCGAUCAUGGGAAUCCGAGAAAAUGCCCACCUUGUUGGACAAUAUUACUCACGGCUACACAUGGUUAUCUACUUCGGUAUCUUAUUCGCAGAAUAUCCGACCACGACCAAUAUCAUUGCGCAAAGGGAUCCUAUUGAGAAGUACCUCGCGGCGAACAUCUUUCUGUGGGGCUGGGCCUUGACCAUGAUUUGCUUCGGAUUCAAUUUCAGAACCUUGGCCGCGCUGCGAGUAUUGCUUGGUAUUUUUGAAGCUGUUUCCAAACACACAUUCCUGCUUUCGUCUUCGAUGUGGUACCAGCGCGAGGAGCAGGCGUAUAUUGUUACGUAUUGGUUUUUGAAUUAUCUAGCACUGGCCAUAAUCUACGUACUUACUUGA